AGGAGCGGGCGGGGGAGUUCGCGGAGAAAUUCUCGAGGAGCCGAGUGAAUGGCCCGAAGUUUUGUCUCCCCAAAUGGGAAGCAAAGGUGGAGCCUAAAGUUGGGCAUCUGCAACGCGAGAGAGAGCUGUGCGGGGGAGUGUUUGAAUUGAGGGUUAUUAGCAGAUCAUAAAUGGAGUGAGGGACAUAGUUGGUUUAGAAGAUGUAGGAUUAGGUACAGAAAGGAUCUUUGAGUGUGAUAAUAGUUUAACCAGAUGCCCCGCAUUCUGAGUGCGCUCAUAAAGGUUUGUGGAUCAUGACAAACACAAAGUCGCAGGGUGAGGGGACUCAUACCACUCGCAAAGAGUCAGGGGUUUAGGAUAACAUGGUAAAAUGAAUUGGGAGGAAUUGGGUUGUAGAAAGUUUUCCAUAGCCCCUCAGGACCGGUGCCAAGAAAAUUCAGCCAGCAAUAUGUAUUCGCAGAAAAGUAUAAAUAAAAUAAGAGUGGAAAGCUAGGAGAAACUUAGUUAUUGGUAGAGAGCAUAAGGAAAUAUUCAUACCCUUCUAAGUUUCGGAAACAGGCAUACAUGGUAGGUAGGUCACUUGAUUGACCAGUUAGAUUUUGCAUUCAGUUGGAAAACACGGUAUUUUUACCUUUUUGAGUAGAGUUAUGAAUGUGAUAGAAAGCUGAUCUAAUUUAGAUUUAAGCCGUUUUGAGCCAAGAGUGUGAGAAGGGAGUUUGAAGAAUUCGGUGGGAAGCAAUUCAAAAUAAAUAAAGAUUAAGGGUAAGAAGUGUUUAUUACUCUGUGACUUGCUGCCAUCUCCCAAUACUCAUGCUUGCUUCACACAUACCUCCUCUUCCUUGAGUUUUCAGGGUUAAAGCUAAUCUAAAUGUAAGACAUUCUACCUAAAGCAGCUUCAAAACCAAAGUAUUUGUGAUUGGUAAGGAAGAGUGUAAUCCCAUUUGUUUCCUUGGUUUUUCUGUGGUUGCAUUACAUUAUCAUUUUUAAUAUUUCCUUUUAUACUUUGCUUUUCUGACCAGCUGCAAAUCUCUGGGAGUAGAUUGAUAAACUAGCUUCGUUUAUACAUGAAAAAAAUUCUAUAAUACUUAAAGUCUAAUGUACAUUGUGCAAAAAAGUUAUUUAAGAGAUUAUAGUUAUGCCUAAUUAAAUAUAUAUGUUGUGGAACCAAUGAAAAUAGUAUAACCAUUUUGUCAAAUUUACUUGGAUAUAAAAUGGAAAGUGAUUUUUUAUUUUAGAAUUACAGGUGACCCAAAAACAAUUAAAUGGAACAAUUAGUGGUUUACAGUUUUAUUAAAGCAUAGUUUCAUUCAACAAAUGUUUAAUUCCAUAAAUAUUUGUGCCCCCCUCAUGUUAGAUUCUGAGAUAUACAAUGGCGAAUAAUUAAAUUCUCAUUUAUUAUAAUAAUGCUCUGAUGAUAAUAUUUUUAGCAGACAUGUCUUUGUGUCAGGCAUUAUUCUGGGUACUUUCCAUUUACUUGGCACUCAAUUUUUUCAAAACACAUCAUAUUGUAUUCAUUGUGUUAAAAUUAGUCUAGUCUAUAUAUUUUACUUGUAUCUAGGUGUUAUUUUGUUAUUUAUGUCUUUUUUUUUUGCAUAUUCACAUUCACUUGGAUCCUCUUCUUUCUCUAUAUGUUUCUAUAAGUAAAUACUCUAUGUGAAUCUAAUCUUCCAAAAUAUGACUUGUGUGAUGCAGUAGAGGGUCAGGUGCUUAUAUUUCUACUUCCUUAAAGAAAUAUUAGAGCAAAGAAAGAAGCAAUAAACUUUGAGUAGAACAAUGUUAAUACUUCACUUGGAGAUUGCUAUGUAUAGUCUGGAUGGACAUUCACAAGCCUAUUUGUAGCCUUACUAUUUCAUAUGAAGAUUCUGGACCAGAUUCUGAAAUAGCAGAUUAUUUUUGUGGGACCAACUAUAGAACUGCGCCAAAGAAAAAAGCCAAAGUCUUCAGAAAAUAAGGAGUCUGCCAAAGAAGAGAAAAUCAGUGAUACUCCUAUUCCUGAAAGAGCUCCAAAACAUGUGUUAUUUCAACGUUUUGCAAAGAUUUUCAUUGGCUGUCUUGCAGCAGUUACUAGUGGUAUGAUGUACGCUCUCUACUUAUCAGCUUACCAUGAACGGAAAUUCUGGUUUUCCAAUAGACAGGAGCUUGAACGGGAAAUCACAUUUCAGGGUGACAGUGCUAUUUAUUACUCCUAUUAUAAAGAUAUGUUAAAGGCACCUUCAUUUGAAAGAGGUGUUUACGAACUGACACAUAAUAACAAAACUGUAUCUCUGAAGACUAUAAAUGCAGUACAGCAAAUGUCUCUAUAUCCAGAACUUAUUGCCAGCGUGUUAUAUCAAGCAACUGGUAGCAAUGAGAUGAUUGAGCCAGUUUAUUUCUAUAUUGGCAUUGUUUUUGGAUUGCAAGGAAUAUAUGUUACUGCAUUAUUUGUUACAAGUUGGCUUAUGAGUGGAACGUGGCUAGCAGGAAUGCUUACUGUUGCAUGGUUUAUUAUUAACAGGGUAGAUACAACAAGAAUUGAAUACUCCAUUCCUUUACGAGAAAACUGGGCAUUACCAUAUUUCGCCUGUCAAGUUGCUGCACUUACAGGCUAUUUAAAAAGCAACUUAAAUACUUAUGCAGAGAGGUUUUGUUACUUGUUGAUGAGUGCUUCAACUUACACCUUUAUGAUGAUGUGGGAGUAUAGCCAUUAUCUCUUGUUUCUUCAAGCAAUAUCUCUGUUCCUGCUAGAUAUCUUUUCAGUGGAGCAAAGUGACAAGGUUCAUGAAGUGUAUAAAAUAUAUAUAUUUUCUCUCUUUCUGGGAUAUUUACUGCAGUUUGAGAAUCCAGCUUUAUUGGUAUCUCCUUUAUUAAGUUUAGUAGCAGCCUUAAUGCUUACUAAGUGCCUUCAGCUGAAUGUGAAGAAAGGAACUUUUAUAGCUAAAAUAAUGAAAGUGAUUAAUUUUUACUUGGUGUGCACUCUGACAGUGACAUUGAAUAUUAUAAUGAAGAUGUUUGUACCACACAAAGAAAAUGGACACAUGCUGAAAUUCCUUGAAGUAAAAUUUGGACUAAAUAUGACUAAGAAUUUUACAAUGAAUUGGCUCCUCUGUCAAGAGUCCCUCCAGGCACCAUCUCAAGAUUUUUUUUUGCGAUUGACACAAUCUUCUUUAUUACCAUUCUAUAUUUUAGUCUUAAUAAUUUGUCUUCUUUCUAUGACACAAGUUAUUAUUAGGAGAAUUAAUGGUAAAUCCCUGAAAGAAACUGUUACUCUUGAAGAUGGACGAAUUGGAGAAAGACCAGAAAUAAUAUAUCAUGUAAUUCACACUAUUUUAUUGGGUUCUCUUGCAAUGGUUAUAGAAGGCCUGAAAUAUAUUUGGACUCCUUAUGUGUGCAUGUUAGCAGCAUUUGGUGUAUGUUCCCCUGAACUUUGGAUGACACUUUUCAAGUGGCUUCGAUUAAGAACUAUACACCCAAUAUUGUUGGCUCUUAUUCUGAGCAUGGCUGUGCCCACUAUAAUAGGUCUCAGUUUAUGGAAAGAGUUCUUUCCAAGAUUAAUGACAGAAUUAACAGAACUACAGGAAUUCUAUGACCCAGAUACAGUGGAACUUAUGACCUGGAUAAAAAGACAAGCUCCAAUUGCAGCUGUGUUUGCAGGGAGUCCACAGUUAAUGGGUGCAAUUAAAUUAUGCACUGGAUGGAUGGUGACAAGCUUGCCUCUUUAUAAUGAUGACGAUCUCCUCAAGAGAAAUGAAAAUAUUUACCAAAUCUAUUCAAAGCGAUCUGCUGAAGAUAUUUAUAAAAUACUGACAUCCUACAAAGCUAAUUAUCUAAUUGUGGAAGAUGCUAUCUGCAAUGAAGUGGGAACCAUGAGAGGCUGUAGGGUUAAAGAUUUACUAGAUGUUGCAAAUGGCCACGUGGUUUGUGAAGAAGGUGACAAGUUAACCUACUCAAAAUAUGGACGAUUUUGUCAUGAGGUCAAAAUUAACUAUUCUCCAUAUGUGAAUUAUUUUACUAGAGUAUACUGGAACAGAUCCUAUUUUGUUUAUAAAAUCAACACUGUGAUAUCCUUCCAAUCUUGAAAAAUAAUAGAGCCUUCAUUUCAAAGACUUAUGCCACCUGAAGUAAAAUGAGAUUUUCUUUUACCUAUAUGGUAUCUGUUGCAAAUCAGAGUAUGAACAUUUGAAAUGCUGCUGCUCCUUUUUCCCUCCUGCUGUUAACUGAGUCCAGGAUUUUGUGGGAAACAGAAAAAUGUCAAAUCUAUCACUCUGCAAUAUUCCAGGCAGGUUUUUUCCUUAGUAUUACAUAGUGUUUAAAGAUUUACCUAUUGCAAGUUUCCCCAUGAAUCUUUCUAUCAUAAUAUUGAUCUUGAAUUUGAAUUUGUCCUAUGUCUCAAAUGUAAUAUUUAAUUAAUACUUAAUGUGAUAUAGUUAUAUAAUACAAGGAAAGAUUAUUCUUCAACUUUCUGAAGGUAUUUGUUGAAUGGCUUAUAGCAACUAAAAUUUGACAAUAAAAACUAAUUUAAAUGUUAGUUGAAAAUAUGUAAAUUUAAAUUAAAGUGGAAAUUAUAUAAAAGAAAGUGAUUUUCAAGGAUAUACAUAAAUAUAUCCUAAAUUUGCCAUGAUACUGCUUUCAUCUUCUGCUGCUUAUACAAGUGAACACUUUCUUUGUAAUACAGGCGCAUGUUAUUGCAUUUUGUUAUUUUAUAACUAUUAAAACAAUUAUCUUUUUUCA